AGCAUUAAAACAGUGAGAAGUUCAGUUAAAGGAGUGAUUCGAAAUAAAAGAAUUGAAUUAGUAAAUCGAGUUUUCAAUACGUAUCCUCACAUCUGGCGACGAGAUUGGAGUGACGAACAAGAUGGAUGAAAGUCGUCCCAUACCAAUGUUUAAAUGCGAGCAGAUUGAAAGUGGUCGCCUUGCAAAGGAAUGGAAAGAGUGGAGAGGAACACUUGAAUGCUAUUUUGAUUCUUAUGAAAUAACGGAUCAAACGAUUAAACGUUCCAAGAUGCUGCAUUUGGGUGGUCCACAAUUGCAAAAAGUCUUCAAAAGUUUGGACGGGAUAGAUAAUUUUCCAUUAGUACUGCUAGAGAAGCCAUUUUAUGACACUGCCAUUGAACGUUUGGACUUGUAUUUUAAACCUCGUAAUCAAGAUGUCCUAGAGAGGCAUAAGUUGCGUAACAUGAAGCAGGGGUCCAAUGAAAGAUUCUCACAUUUUGUGCUACGGUUGCGUCAACAGUUAGCAGAUUGCGGAUUUGAUAAAUAUUCAAAAGAAGUUAAAAACGUGAUCGAGGAAAUAAUGCUUAUUGAUGUUAUUGUAGAAGGGUGCAAUUCUCAAGAACUGCGAAGGAAAAUUUUGGAAAAAGAUCAGUCUUUAUCGAAUAUCGAAUCUCUUGGAGAAUCUUUAGAGAGCGUUCAUUUUCAAGAAAAAGAGUUCAAAGGAAGUAAUGAAAGCGGUUUCUCUGAGAUCUGUAAAAUUCAAAAAAAAGAUGACCGACUAGGAUAUAAAUCGCGAAGUGAACGUAAGCAAGAUAAAGUCGUUGGGCGGUUCUCUGACAGAAAAUAUUCGGAGAAGAAUGAAUCGGGUAUCAAAAUUAUAUGCUUUGCUUGUGGAGAAUAUGGUCACAUGUCAAAGGCUCCAUCCUGUCCAGCGAGAGGAAAAAUUUGCCGUAGAUGUCAUAUGUCUGGUCACUUGGAAAAAGUUUGUCGCAAACGGCCAUUCGGUUCUCAAGCACGAUUCACUCCGUAUACCAGGAAAGUACAUUCGGUUGAAAAUAAAGAUUCCGCCCCAGAGGUACAGCCUCCAGCAUCAUUGAGCGAAGUAGAAAAAAAGGUUUACUACACGUUCCAUACUGGAAACGACACUAAUGUGUUCAACUGCAAGAUAGGAGGAAUCCCGACAGAGGUUUUUAUCGAUUCUGGCUCUGACGUAAAUUUACUCACAGAAAAAACGUGGCAGAUGCUGAAAGCACAGCAAAUAAUCGUGUCGAAUUGUAAGAAAGGCAGUAGCAAAAUUCUCAAAGCAUACGGAUGCAAUGAACCUUUACGUAUUUUGGGCACAUUCGAUGCAUUAGUGGAAAUUGAGAAUCGUUCGACGAAUGCUGAAUUUAUUGUGACUGAGCAAGGGCAACGUAACCUGCUGGGAGAUUGUACUUCGAAGAAACUGGGAAUUCUCAAAAUAGGUCUUGCGAUUAACCAGGUUAAAAGCGAUGCGAAACUGCUACCGUUUCCAAAAAUAUCGGGUGUUGAAGUGCGUGUCCAGUUAGAUCCAAAGAUUACGCCCAUUUAUCAGCCGUUACGACGUAUCCCGAUUCCACUUGAGACAACAGUGAACAGAAAAUUAGAUGAGUUGCUAGCACGUGAGAUAAUUGAAGUCAAACAUGGACCGGUGUCAUGGGUUUCUCCGCUUGUAGUUGCAAACAAGGCUAAUGGUCAAAUUCGAUUGUGUGUAGAUCUCAGACGAGUUAAUCAAGCGGUAAUACGCGAACGCCAUCCAAUGCCUGUAAUCGACGAUGUGCUCACCAAAAUUGGAAAAGGAAACGUAUAGAGUGUACUUGACAUAAAGGAUGCUUUCUUUCAACUGGAAUUAAAAGAAGAAUCUCGGGAUGCUACAGUUUUUAUCACCCAUCGAGGACUAUACAGGUUCAAACGUCUCCCGUUUGGUUUGGUAUCGGCUCCAGAAAUAUUUCAACGUACUAUGGAUGAGAUUCUAAUGGAUUGUGACGGAGCAUACUGGUACCUAGAUGACGUUGGAGUUGAUGGCAAGACGGUAGAUGAACACGACGAACGAUUGAAUAAGGUUUUAACGAAGUUCAAAGAGCGGGGAGUUCUUAAUUGGGAAAAGUGCAGGAUACGCGUAACGGAAUUUGAUUUUCUCGGUUACAAAAUCAACGCUGAUGGUAUUAAGCCUUCCAAUGAAAAACAAAAUGCGGUAAUAUCUUUUCGUCGUCCAAAUAAUGAAAGCGAGGUGCGUAGUUUCUUGGGACUCGCUAACUAUAUGGGAAAAUUUAUUCCUAACCUAGCUGCAAUGGAUGCACCUUUGAGAAAGUUAACACAGAAAGGAGUUCAGUUUCACUGGAAUGAACCAGAGGAGGCUGCUUUUCUAGCUAUUAAAGAUAGUAUCGCGAAUGCAAGAAGCCUAGGGUUCUACAAAAUGGAAGAAGAAACGUCUGUCUUGGCAGAUGCAAGCCCGUUUGCUUUAGGAGCAGUUCUUAUCCAGACGAAUGAAGAAGGAUUGUCUAGAGUGAUAAGUUUUUCAUCUAAGUCUCUGACAGACACGGAGAAAAGAUAUUGCCAAACGGAGAAGGAGGCUUUGGCUCUAGUCUGGAGCGUUGAGAAGUUCCAGGUAUAUUUGAUCGGUCGAAAAUUUAACCUUUUGACAGACUGCAAAGCAUUGACUUACUUAUUUGCUCCGACAUCUCGGCCAUGUGCUCGUAUUGAGCGAUGGGUACUGAGGCUACAGAGUUUUCAGUACCGGAUUGUUCAUAUUUCAGGACAAUCUAACAUAGCCGAUGUCCUGUCUCGGCUUUCCACACUUCUUCCUCAACCAUUCGAUGAAUCGGAAGAGCUGAUGGUGAGAGAAAUAGUAUCUUCUUCUGCAGCAACAAUGGCUUUGAAGUGGCAAGAAAUUGAACGCGCUAGUAGAGAUGACCCUGAAAUACAACAAGUUAUUGAGGCAUUAGACUCCGGGGGAGAGGGAGAUAUUCCUUUACCAUUCAAAAUGAUAUCCACAGAGCUUUGCCGGCUAGAUGAUGUUUUACUGAGAGUAGACCGAAUUGUUAUUCCACAAAGUCUUCGACAACGGGUUUUACAGAUUGCACAUGAAGGGCAUCCGGGUAUACGGAUUAUGAAAAGCCAUUUACGUACUAACUCGUGGUGGCCAAAGAUGGACCAGGAUGUCGAAAGAUAUGUGAAGGCAUGCCGUGGGUGUGUCUUGGUCUCUGCCCCCAAUCAACCCGAGCCAAUGAUCAGAAAAACACUUCCAUCUCGGCCGUGGGAGCAAAUUGCGAUAGAUUUCUUAGGUCCAUUGCCGGAUGGCGAAAAUUUGCUAGUGUGUAUCGACUACUACAGCAGAUUUAUGGAAGUUAUUGAAAUGAAUUUUAUCACAUCAGCGUCAACUAUUAAAGAACUAUUAAUAAUUUUCUCACGGUAUGGAGUUCCAGAAUCAAUACGUGCGGAUAACGGUCCUCAGUUUUCUUCAGACGAGUUUCAAGCAUUUUGUGAUGAAUAUGGUAUACAUCUAGAGACGACUAUACCAUACAAACAAACAAACGGAGAAGUUGAACGGCAGAACCGGUCAAUUUUGAAGCGAUUGCGUAUAGCACAGGAACUUGGAAAAGAUUGGCGGAAAGAUCUGCGACAGUAUUUGUUAGUGUAUCACUCUUCAAAUCAUUCAACCACUGGAAAAGCGCCUGCAGAAUUAAUGUUUGGUCGUAAAAUGCGAACGAAGUUACCAAGUGUCCCUAUCAACAUAUAUGACGAUGAGGAAAUGAGGGAGAAGGACAAAAUUGAGAAGGAGAAGGGAAGAGUAUACGCUGAUAAGAGACGCAAAGCGGAGCCUAGUACUAUAGAAGUGGGAGAUAAAGUUGUAGCAAAGCGAAUAAGAAAGAACCACAAAUUACAGUCAAAUUUUUCACCCGAAGAAUUUAGUGUGAUCGGUAAACAUGGAACAGAUGUCACUAUAAGAUCAUCAUUAACUGGGAAAGAAUUCCGAAGAAGUGCUGCUCAUCUGAAACAACUUCCAACGCCACCAAUUCAGGAAAGCCAGUUGAAUAAGGAUGCGAUUGACCCAAGUUGUCAACAAGACUCACUUGAAAUGGUGGAUCCUAAACCAGAACAAUCAAGGAUUCUUCAUCAUGAGGAUCCGGUGCCGAAAAGAACUCGAAUGGAAUCCACUCGACUAAGGGAGUUCGUGACAUAUUAAGAACGUAAUUUAUUAUUUUGUUUCGUUGUUUUUAUUUUAAGGAAGAGCAGGGAUGUAAUAGGGUCUCUCAUUUCAGGUAUGAGACAACUUGGAUAGAGCAACCAUGAUCCAGAAGA